CACAAAUCCAGUGAUAAAAUAAGUGCAUACACGGUGUUUUGGAUGUGCAGUGCAAUUGCGUAAGAUGCCAACAUGGCGUACAUCGGUCCAAGGAACAGCGCGCCCGCCGUGCGGGACAGCCUGCUCGCUCCCGCGUACGAGAUCAAGUUGGAGAGCGUGCUCGGGCUGACAGUGUCCUCCAACGCUGCUCUCGACUGCGAUCCCAACACCGAGCUCGUCGCGUACCCGGCAGGAUGCACCGUGGUCCUCUACAACGUACGGAAGAACCGUCAGACGCACGUGCUGAACGCGUCGAGGAAAAGCGUCACUUGCGUCGCCUUCAGCCCCGAUGGCCGAUACCUCGCCACCGGGGAGUGCGGGCACGCGCCCGCCGUGCGGGUUUGGGACCUACAGGACCCGACGGCCUCAGGUGCGGUUCAGAUCGCGGAGUUCCCAGGGCACACGCAUGGGGUCAACUGCGUUGCGUUCUCAACAUCAUCGAAGUACCUCGUGUCGGUGGGAUCGCAGCAUGACAUGAUCGUCAAUGUGUGGGAUUGGCGGGCGAAUUUGAAGCUGGCUAGUAACAAGGUGUCGUCGCGCGUCAAAGCGGUGAGCUUCGCAGAAAAUGGCAACUACUUCGUCACAGUCGGCUUUAGGCAUGUCAAGUUCUGGUACCUGGAGUAUUCUAGGAAUGCUAAGAUCAAAGAGCCAGUACCCCUAAUGGGUCGCUCGGCGAUACUAGGCGAGCAGAAAGACAAUGAAUUCUGCGACGUCGUAUGCGGGAGAGGCGAAGCGGCGGACAGCACGUACGCUAUUACCAGGAGUGGGCUCUUGUGUGAAUUCAACAGUAGGAGGUUGCUCGACAAAUGGGUCGAACUGAGGACGACCUCAGCGAACUGCAUGUCCAUCGGCGCCGGGUACAUCUUCGUGGGCUGCGCCGAGGGCCUGGUGCGGUGCUUCGCGCCCGACUCGCUGCGGUACGUGACCACGCUGCCCCGGACGCAUUACCUGGGAGUCGACGUGGCCCAGGGGCUCAAUAUAAGCCACAUGUUCACCGUGCCGCCCAACGCGCGGUAUCCGGACGCCAUCGCUUUAACAUACGACGACCGGAACCACAAGCUCACCUGCGUGUACAACGACCACAGCCUUUACGUGUGGGACGUCAGAGAUAUUAAAAGGGUGGGCAAAUCCCACUCAGCCCUCUACCACUCCGCGUGCAUCUGGGGUGUGGACAUGGCCAACGGAGCUGGCACCCUUCCUGCAGGCACCUUCCUCACCUGUUCCAGUGAUGAUACGGUUCGGAUGUGGACCCUGCAGGGCAGGAGCGGACCCAACAUCUACAGCAACGAACUGAACAAAGUGGUGUACAUCGAUCCGGAGCUGAAAUUCCUGAAAGACGCAGACCUCAGCGCGGCUGAUAAGGACAAAGCGAAGUCGUAUGAUGAUAAGACUGGUGUGCGAUGUGUGCGGAUAAGUCCUGACGGCGCGCACAUAGCGUCCGGCGACCGAGCUGGCAACGUGUGGAUACAUUCAGCCACCGGCUCACUGUUGCACAGGUUGGAAGCUCACGACGCCGAAGUAUUAUGCCUGGAGUACUCGGCGAAACCGAGACUCUUGGCAUCAGCUUCGAGAGACCGGCUCAUCCACGUGUUCAUGGUCGAUCGGGGCUACCAAAUCCUGCAAACUUUAGACGAGCACUCGUCCAGUAUAACAGCCGUUCGUCUGAUCCCUGCUCCCGCCCCUGCCACUCUUCAACUAGUAUCCUGUGGAGCCGACAAGACUGUGCUAUUUAGACAACUCAUAGUGACUCCGGACGGCGGUUACAAGUUCGAACGUGGUCAGAACGUGUCCGGUCGGACGACGUUAUACGAUAUGGAGGUGGACGCCGGCGGACGACACGUCUUGACAGCCUGUCAGGAUCGAAACGUCAGGGUGUACAGCGCUUCCAACGGACGGCACACAAAAACUUUUAGAGGAACCACAGCUGACGAUGGGACGCUCAUAAAGGUGGCGUUAGAUAACAGUGGUAUCUACCUCGCUACUUCGUGUACGGACAAAGUGCUGAGCGUUUACGACUACUACUCUGGGGAGUGUAUGGCGACCAUGUAUGGACAUUCCGAAAUAGUCACUGGACUUAGGUUCACACCGGACUGCCAACACCUAAUAUCGGCCUCGGGCGAUGGAUGCGUGUUCGUAUGGCGAGUACCACACGACAUGGUGGUCACGAUGCGAGCUAGAUUAGCUCAGCAGGCCAUAAGGCAGGGCAAACGAGUGGCGCCAUCUAACGGAGUGAGUGGUGUAGAGAGUGAAACUGAUUCACAUCUCGGUUCACCGCCACGGGAGUUAUUGGAUGACAAAUUCACUACGCCUGUCGUACCUGACUAUACGCUCCGUAUUGGCCGGCUGCCCUCUUGGGCCAAGAAGAGCCUCGGCGACGACCUCGCGCCUGAGUCCCCCGCGCCCGACCCCCCCGCCAGGGGCAAGUGGGCCCGGCGGAUACAACCCAACGAUAAACGUGGCGAUUCAGACGGCUCAAAAGACAGCUCGCUCGACAGCGGCACCGACACGCGCUACGGCGACAAGCGACGCGACAUCGUCAACAAACAGAGGCCGAAAUCCCUCAACCUGUCGCAGCUGCCCCGCGUGGAAGCGCUGUUUCGCAACUUCGACGCUACCAUGCGUAAAACAUACGACAUUUUGACCAUUUCGCCGAGACUGGAGAAGGUGUCGCUGCAGCUGCCCCCGCCAGCGGCGCGCACGCGCCACCACACUGACGACUCGUCGCUUGGCAGUUUUAAAUAUGAGGAACAAGAGUCUACGGAACAUGAUGGUGAUGUAGAAGACAUAUCAGAUGGCGAACGAACGUCGUCCUCGGAGAGAAAUCGACCUACCUACUAUCCUGGAAAUAAUGAUGACGACACACCAGGAGAAUUUAUGGUGAACGCAAUGGACGCUGAAGAGUUGAGACAAUCGAUGCGUCGCUCAAAACAGUGGUCUGGGGACAGGCUGGCACCCCCUGCGACCGGGGCUUCGCUCAGCGGCUCAGGCCACGAGGAAGACGAGGAUGAGGUCUCCACGCCAUCAGGAGACAAUGCAGAGCGCAAUCCUCUCUCUGGAUCGUGUGAAAGUAUAGACACAGCCGUUAGACGGGAGAAGUACCUUAAGUCCGCCUUCGACAGCCUCAGCGGCGCCGAUUUGGAUACUAGCCCUGGAGGUCACACAUCGCUGUCGGCGCAGCACCUGUCCCGCGCGCCGCGCCCGGCGCCCACGCCCGCGCCGCGCGCGCCGGCCAAGCCCGCCGACCCUGAAGCGGCGCGGCGGCGGGAAGAGCUGCACCGCCGCAUACUGGAGACACGACGACAGCUCGAGAGUGUGGCGUUCCGCUCGAACCUCAAAUCCAGCCAAUCCACGACCGAUCUCUCGUACAUCCCCGAAAAGGACAGGAAUCGCAAUCGACCCGUCUCCAUGGCCGUGCCGAGCAAUUCCAGACCAUACGGAGUCCCCCCCUGCCCCGAGGAGACCCUAGACAGCCUUAACUUCUACGACAGCCUAAACCCCUAUCAGAAUCUAGACUAUCGCCAGAAGAAUCCUUACGCCAUCCCCGCUAAUGUCAAUAAAUAUAUACCUGAAUAUGACAUGCCCCCUUACGUACCCCCACAUUCAAAUAUACAAAACUUUACAAACGAUAGGAGAACGAAUUUCACCGUACAAGGAGCUCGGCCUAUGGUGUUUAAAGAACAAACGCAGAAACAACCAUUAGCCUUCACUAUAGAUAUGUCAAAAAAACCGGUUUCAAAAGUCUUUAAUAGACUUUUUCCGUCGGCAGAAGAAAAAGAACCGCCUAAACCUAGAAACUUCCAUUUAAGUUUGAAUAAGAACCAAGAAGAUAGUAAAAAGUUGAAACCUAACGCUAGAAGCAUAUUCAAGAAUUAUAAAUCUUGCCCAGUAUCACCUGUUUCUGAGGAAUGCAAAUGGGCUGAUAAAGUAGCUCAAAAUCAAACUAAUCAGGCAAAUAGCUCUUUAGAUGCUAGGAAAAGGAAUUCAUUAAGCUUCUUCGUAGGUCUUGAUAAAAGUAUGAAAGAUAACGGCAAAAGUAUUGUUGAUACUAUUAAAAGUGAUACUGAAAAGAUGAUAGCGGAAAUAACUAGGAAAUAUGGAGAUUUGGAUGAAUAUGAACCUAAUAGGAGCGAUUUAGAUUUACAACCUACGAAAGAAGAAAAAGACGACGGUAACUUCUCGUCUGAUUCUUUAGAAGAUUGCAGUUUGAGUCAGGAUGCUAGUUGCAAAAAUAAGUUGUAUUCUAAAAAAGUUUGUAAGAAACAUAAUAAAGCUAGAAUGCCACGACGUGCUGUUUCAAAUUAUGAGAUAUAUGGAUCUAUGGAUAAGCCGAUAGUACCAGCUAAGCCUUCGUACAUAGUUGGACAGAAAAGUUCGACUUUGCCUCGAAAUAUGCCUUCCAAUUUAGACGAUAUCAUGGAUGAGGAAGCCAUGAACGCUAACUAUUCUAAUAUGUACAGGUGCCAAAGCGUUUUGACUAAGAGAUGUGUUACUAGAUCCAAUGAAUCCGUUCUAAGUGACAAUUCAAAUGGAUCGAGUGUUUCUAAUGAAAUAUUCUUGAAAUAUGGGAACGAAGUAGCUUUUCAACAGGGCAAACUUCAUGAUAGAUACAAUUUGGACUCUCAAAAUUGUUCCUUUGAAAAUCUGAAUGAACCUGACGAACGUUACUUAGAUAAACACAGACAUAGCAGCGCUAGUUUCUUCUUAAAUCAAAAGAAAUACAUGAAAACAAGUUGCAGUCAAGAAUCAAUGCUUUCCGAUGAAAUGUACUUAGACAAUGAUAAUCAUCUAUCUCGAACCAAUUGUAACUCCCUAGAAAGCGUUUUGUCAGAUGAUUCAGAAUAUACUAAGAGUGCGCCUUUAGAAAUGCUCUUCGAAGGCACUAAACCUAAGAAACAAAUGUCAAAUCAAGCUGUCGGUAUACCUAGAAAUAGUAAGAGCUGCUACGAAUUCGAUAAUGCAUCGAAGAGUUAUGGAUCCAGUCCUAACAACGUUCCAUAUUUCGGUGGUUACAUGUAUAAUAAUUACUUGGGAGAGGCUAGUCCUAAAUAUGUCGAAGCACCACCGAAACCGCCAGCUAAGCCACCUGCUGCUAAAGUCUAUGGAUUUGAAAUACCCGUUUCCGAUUUUUCCGGUCAUAAAACUGUGACUAGAUCUAAAAGUCUAUACGAUUCAACUUCAAAACAUGCUCCACCUCCUCCGGCUAAGAAUAUUGCGUAUUAUUUCGAUGGAAAUAAUGUACAGCAGUACACUAAAGAUAAGAAAUCAACAGAUGAAAUACCAAGGUUAAAUAAGCAAGAUUACAUGGCCAGCACAAGCAAGUCUCUACAGCCGAAGUUUGCUGAGAACCAGAAGUAUAAAAGUGAGAUGGAAGGAUGUGAAUCAAAGGCUAUGGUCAAAUCUAAAAGCUGCAGUUUCGAAGUUGUACUAGAACCUGCUUCAAAGCCAAAUCCUCUAAAGAAUUUGGUGGAAAAACGUAACUCCCACGUGCAAAAGAAUUUAGAGAAAUUUGAAGAACAGAUACGGAAGAACACGCAGACGAAAAUGAGCAAAAACCAAAUCAAUAAAGAAAAGGCGAACGGAGCUAAGCGUAACAAUGCUACGAAGAGUUUGGAGAGAGGCUCUGGGCAGAAAAAUAAUAAUGUUAAGAUAACUAUGGAGUUUGUUCCUCACAAACCUCCAAAACCUAUUAAGAGAACGUCUUCAGUCAAAUUGAAUAACAGACUAAAAGCAGGCUUAGAGAAGUCUGGAUUAAGUUCCUCAAUAUCGUCUCAAUAUAAAGCUAAAUUAGACGGAUUGCAGAACAAAAACUUCAUAUCAAAUAAAAAGCCACUUGAAGAUAAUAAUUCCAAUCAGAUUGAGGACCCAAAUGACACAGCCGAGAAAUCUUUUGACGUUUUUGUUAAAGAAAAAGAUGUUAAUGAAAAUAGAUCUGAAAUGCAAAUGGAUAGUCUUGAAGUAUACGCAAUGCAAAGAAUGGAAAGGAUGAAUCAAGUUAGCAUGGAUUCCCUAGAUGUCCUUGAAGACAAUAAUGAUUUUGCCAAAGACUCCUUAGAUUACUAUGCGGAGCAAAACAAUAAAAUAUCUUAUGGAAAGUUUAUUAAAGAUCAAAACAAUCAGAUGACGUCUAUAAUCGACAACGCUUGCUCGUCUAAUAGGAAUAGAGAAACAAAAGAAAACAUAGAUCCAAAAGCGAUGAGCGAUGAAAUUAAAAAAUACAAAUACAUCGAGAGAAAGAUAGAAAUCAUUAAUAAAUUAGUUGAAAUGGAGGAACGGAAAAUCCUACAAGAGAAAAUCCUAAAAGAAUACAGAAUGAAACCGCUUAAAGCUAACAUAAACGAUGGAAAGGGCGUUGUCAAAGUGCUUUCCAGAAAAUUUGAGAAGUUAGCAUCGAAACAAACUGUCCCUAACUUCGCAUCGCUGACUUUAGAAGAAGCGGAUACGGAUACAGAAACCAAUUCAGACGGCAAAGAAAUCAAACGUAAUCUAAGUCUUCCGGACAUUUUAGAUACAGACCAAAUAGGAGGCAUAGUAACAGAGGCUAUAGAAGCCAGCUGCGACGCGGGCAACGAGCCUGAAGAAAAACUUAACAACACUAUCGAAACAGAACCACCUAAAAUGCUAAAACAGAGAGUGUACAACGAAAUGGUUAUACCUAAAACUGAUGUACACUUAGACAGUGAAAACUACGAAUCGUCUACAACUAGCUCAAGCUGCACAAACUCUCCAAAAAGACUAUCCUUAUAUUUCAACAAACCUAAGCCUCCGUUUAGGAAGAUAAUUCGAGUGCCUACUCCAAGACUUUGUAUGGAGAAUAGAAUUUUGCCGCCAGCUAAAUUCAGGCCAGUGUUACAUUCAGGGGGUGGUGUAAGGCUGUCUGCGUUAGCCAAGAGGGUUCCCCUCCAUUCCCCCCUCCUGCCGUCGCAUUUUAUCCCUCAAGCAGCGGCAAGCAAACCCGCAGCCUCCGCUAGCCCAGGGAAAAGCCCUAGUGGCUUCGCCAGGCCUGCGCCGCGGUAUACAGCGAAAUCUAAUAUGACGAGGAGCAGCAGCGUAGGAGUAUUGAACCAGAGCGACUCGGAAUCAGACCCGGCACCGUCUCGGACCCGCGGCGCGGGUCUAAUGCGACCCACGAUCAGCUCGAUGAACAAGCAGGCCAGCAGCAGCCGACGGCGGCCGUUACCGAACGCUUACAGCUCAGUUUCGCUGUCGACGGCCGCCCAAGAGGAGUCGAGCUCGGAAGCCGAGGACAAACCCGGAGCGCCGCGACCGAGGGCGGGGAGCGUCGAUGCUCGGCGUAUUGGUCGGAGCGGUUCGGAGCGCGACCUAUCCGCGAAAGCGCGAGAAGUCACGGCGCGGCUAACUCAGCCCUCGAGCCGGCCACGCGGCAAAACUGACCCACCUACCCCAGACCCGCAGCUGUCAUCGUCCCAGCUAUGCUCAGCGUUGACUGAGCAGUUGACGCGCACAGCGAGCAAGGUCGUUCAGUUGUACCGGAGUCUCAGGCAAGAGCCGGGCGCCGCCGCUGAUAUUAGUGGUCUAGAAGCAGCAAUUCUAGAAACGCAGAAAGUCCUACGCGGCGCCGUCGCUCAGAACGGCGAUGCUCCGAGCAGCCUAUCGUCCACCGAGGGGGAGUACAGGGGGAUGAAUGUUGAUAGUGCGCGGCAGAAACUGGAGCACCUUGUGUCUAAAGAAUCCAACAACAUGUCACUAAUGGAACAAUACAGUGACAUACUCCUGAACAUGAUGCAAAGCAAGAUGGUCAACCAGUUCUCGCAGAGCCCUCAGUCCCUACCACCGCGCGAACCCGGGGCGAGCAGCUAGUAUACGUAGCGACAUAACACGUGAUACAAUAUACCACGGAACGUGUAAAAACGACGUUCAAAAACGCCACCUACUGGCGAAAGUUAGUACUAAACCUUUCAGGACAGCUCGCGCCAUCUAUGAUUAGUCGGUACUAAACUUUUCAAGACAGGUCACGCCAUCUAGUGGAUUUGAACUAAAAGUAUGUGAGAUUAUGUUAAGAUGUUGCCAGAGUCAGUAAUGCCAUCUAGUGGUGAAUAGUUUGGAUUAAAGUGUUACAGAGAUAGGUGAUACAACUGAUAGGACGCCAUCUGGUGAGUAGUUGGACAAUUAUAAGUGUGUUUUAGCCUGUGAUGGAAUUUAAACUAUGUUUAUUUAGACCUUUUGUGUCAUUUCGUAUGAAAAGUCGUCUUAAGGUCCCUUUUUAUAUGAAACUACACUGGUCACGGUGGUCCUAGAAUAUCAAUAGUUGGAAAUCGGCCUAGAUUAUUUAAGGGCCACUCAGCCUUGGGUUAGAAAUGACUUAUUAAGUAUUAUAUCUAAAUCGAUAAGAAUGUUUAUAUACUUGGACCGCAACGCCAUCUAUUGGUUUGGCUAUGGAAGUAUAUUGCAACGCCAUCUAGUGAUUUGAUUAUGAAAGUCGUCCAAAUAAUGUUUUAGUUGUAACCAGGGCAUUGUAUGUUCGUGUGAAAUUUGCUAAAUAAUAUUCUAAGACUAAUAUUGUGGUUGUGCGGCGUCCAUUAUUUAGUUUACACUUGACAUUACAUAUUGAUUGCAUUUUAUUUUAUUCUUUCCAAUAUUGGACAUUUUUAAAUUUUUAUUAAGAGACAGAAUUUUUUUUCGGUUAUUAUACUGUUAUAUGUGGCUUUCCGUCACAGAAGGGUCCUUAUGCAUUUUGAUGCAUAAGCAUGCAUUUUGAUGUGUGCAAUAAGGACGUUUUCAUCUGAAUAUCCAACAGAAACUCUGAUAGAAAGGCCUUAUUGCAGAUAAAGCAUUAUAAGGACCCUUCUCCGAUGGAAAGGCACAUAUUAUACCUAAUACAACGCCAGUCGAAAUAACUCAAAUGUGUGUCUAAAAUGUCCAAUACGCAUAGGUCAUACAACAAUGUAAGAUUAAGAAGGGAACAGUGGGUCGGUAAAAAAGCCGGGUACAUCAGUGGCUCACUCAACCUAAUUUCAACAGAGAGCCGAUAUUUGGCCUGAGCCACUGUUUUCGCCUUGACCCUACACUCCCUUGACCGAAAGGUCUGUUGAAGAGUUAUUGAAGAAACCCACAGUGGUAUUGAUAGGCCAAAAUCAACGUGCUAGUAGGGCAAUAAAAUCGAGAAAACUGCAUCACGCAUAGCAAGAGGUUGCAAGUGCAAGCGAGACAGCCAGCUUAAUCAUUUAGGCCUUUCGCAAGCACAUUGGGUUUGGCCCUACAAUAGCCUCCUAAGGCCCAGCCAUCCAAAUGAAAAAUCCAACAUCUUCUAAAGUUGAUUUUGCGUUGUUGGAAAAUGGACCGAAACAAAGGAAAAGCGACUCUGUUCCAAUUGAAUAGGAUUUAAAUUUCAUCGAACUGAAGAGUUACUAUAGGUAGGACAUUGGGCCUUUAGUACUAAACUGGACAUUUUGACUGGUGUAAAUAAAUAUUAAAUAGGUAAAAACAUUGGACGCUGCCUUACCACAUGACAAAUAUGUAAGAUUAUUCGUCAUGUGAUGGAGUAACAGAUAUUUGUGAAACUCUGAUUUUAUUCUGCGGUAAAAUUUUAAGUUUUACAAGAGUGUAAUACUAACUUUGUUUUAAUAGCGUAACAAAGGAGAUUUAUGAGA